AAUAAAAUCUUUAAAAAAAAUGCACAUUGGACAGUUAACUCAGAAAUCAGGAAAAGUGACCAGCUAACAUGUGAAAACUUCACAAUUUAGGUUUUCAAAUUAAUGAAAAUAUAAUUAUAAAUUCAUCAAUAUUGUGUCAUAGAGUUCUGAAAUUUUACUCUUGUGAGGAUUUUGUAAUCUGUUUCCCUUCUAUUUGUUUAUUGAUUAUUUCUAGAAGAUUGCUGUGUGCUAUCAUUCAUAUUUUUAUUUUUUCUUUAUUUUAAAAUUAUUGUUUUAAUUGCCCAUAUUUUUGUGGUAUAGUAUGGUAAUAGAUUCAUAUAUACAAAUGUGCAAUAAUUAAAUCAGGCUCAGAUUUUUUUAAAGAAUGGCUUUUUUUUUGAGAAAAAGAGAAAGAGCUACCAUUUGUUGUUGCACUCAUGUUCUUAAAGAUUUCUUUGAAACACAGAGAGAAAGAGAGAGGGUGACAUGGAGAACGACAUCUUCCACCACCACUUCUUUCAACAAGUGGUUAUAACAGCCAGGGCUUGGGUAGGUGGAAGCCUGCAGCCAAGAACACCAUUUAGCUCUCCUGUGUGGUCAUCAGAGUAUGCACAAGUAAUCAAAAUGCUGGGAAAUGGACGAUUAGAAGCAAUGUGCUUUGAUGGUGUAAAGCGAUUAUGCCAUAUUAGAGGAAAAUUGAGAAAGAAGGUUUGGAUAAAUACCUCAGACAUUAUUUUGAUUGGUCUCCGAGAGUAUCAGGAUAACAAAGCAGACGUAAUUUUAAAAUACAAUGCAGAUGAAGCUAGAAGUCUGAAGGCAUAUGGCGAGCUUCCUGAACAUGCUAAAAUCAAUGAAACCGAUACAUUUGGUCCUGGAGAUGAUGAUGAAAUCCAGUUUGAUGAUAUUGGAGAUGAUGAUGAAGACAUUGAUGAUAUCUAAAUUGAAUUCAGUUUUCAUUUUCUGAAGACAUUAACUGGGAAUUUUGACCAUCAACUUAAGAAGAAUAGAACUUUAUUUACCAUGAGUAUUGUUUAUUAAAACAAAUUGUCUUAA